AAAGCGGUUAAAGAGAUCUCUUUGACUAUUACAGGAAAAAAAAAAGAAAAAAAGAGAGAAGCUUUCCAAUUUCCAUUGACGCCCACAGAUUAAAAAGCCCAGAUUCCAUUUAUAACUUUGUUUUUCUUCCCUACUAUUUCUGGAAAUUCAAACUUUAUUUUUCUUCUUCUUAUCAAACCUUCUUCAUUCAUUUCAUCACAGUAGUAGAAAGUUAAAAUAUUAUUAAUUUUUGGGUGCUCUUUCCACGCUACCUUUGUCAGAUUAUUACUGUUUACACACACAGCAUAGCGACACACCUUCUUCCUUCCAUUGUUUCUCCCUUCUCAGCUCAUCACUGAUUUCUUCCCAAACCGAAAACUAUGCCUUCCCAUCACUUGCUUCUUGAGGAACCCAUCCGGAUGGCUUCAAUUCUUGAGCCAUCUAAGCCUAACUUCUUCCCUGCAAUGACCAAGAUCGUUGGGACUCUGGGUCCUAAAUCGCGGUCGGUGGAGAUUAUCUCCGGCUGUCUCAAGGCUGGAAUGUCCGUGGCUAGGUUUGAUUUUUCAUGGGGUGCCGCUGAAUUUCAUCAAGAGACAUUGGAGAACUUGAAGGUGGCUAUUAAGAGUACUAAGAAGCUUUGCGCGGUUAUGCUAGAUACCGUGGGUCCAGAAUUACAAGUUGUUAACAAAACAGAACAACCUAUUUUGCUUGAAGCUGAAUCUCUGGUAACACUGACGCCUGAUCAAGGCAAGGAAGCUACUUCUAAUUUGCUCCCUAUCAAUUUCACUGGGUUAGCAAAGGCUGUCAAGACUGGAGAUACUAUUUUCAUUGGUCAAUACUUAUUCACCGGGAGUGAGACAACCUCUGUCUGGCUUGAGGUGCGUGAGGUGAAAGGGGAAGAUGUUGUUUGUCUUAUCAAGAAUUCAGCGACAUUGGCUGGGUCCCUAUUCACUUUGCAUGUCUCUCAAAUUCACAUUGAGUUGCCCACCCUGACUGAAAAAGAUAAGGAGGUUAUAAGCACCUGGGGUGUCAAAAACAACAUAGAUUUCCUUUCACUGUCAUACACAAGGCAUGCAGAAGAUGUUCGGCAUGCUCGUGAAUUUCUUUCAAAGUUGGGUGACCUCAGUCAGACCCACAUAUUUGCGAAGAUUGAAAAUGUGGAGGGAUUGACUCACUUUGACGAGAUCCUUCAAGAAGCUGAUGGAAUUAUCCUUUCUCGUGGAAAUCUGGGAAUCGAUCUUCCCCCUGAGAAGGUGUUUUUAUUUCAAAAAGCUGCUGUGCACAAGUGCAACAUGGCUGGGAAACCAGCUGUGGUCACACGUGUUGUAGAUAGUAUGACUGACAACUUGAGACCCACCCGUGCUGAGGCAACAGAUGUAGCGAAUGCUGUAUUGGAUGGUAGUGACGCUAUUCUUCUUGGUGCGGAAACAUUGCGUGGAUUGUACCCUGUUGAGACAAUUUCUAUUGUUGGUAAAAUUUGCGCUGAGGCUGAGAAGGUUUACAAUCAAGAUGUCUAUUUCAAGAAAACCGUUAAAUAUGUUGGAGAACCAAUGUCUCACUUGGAAUCGAUUGCUUCCUCUGCGGUUCGUGCUGCCAUUAAAGUGAAAGCAUCUGUUAUCAUUUGCUUUACUUCAUCUGGAAGAGCUGCAAGAUUAAUAGCAAAAUAUAGACCAACAAUGCCAGUUUUAUCCGUUGUCAUUCCUCGACUCAAGACCAAUCAGCUACGCUGGACAUUUAGUGGUGCUUUUGAGGUAUGUAAGCUGUGUGGAGUUUCAAGAUCAGCUUCUCUAAUAUUUUGCAGCAUCCCUCCAACUUUUAUAUCUUUUCUUGUGUUAGAUUUUUUUCCUUUCCAACUCCCAUUCAAAAAAUCCGCGACUGCAAUUUUUGUUUCUUGUUAAAUAUUUGUCCUCAAAUGACUUGAGUUGAGUCUUCAAGGUAUUGAACAUGCAAGCAUUGUGUAGUACUAUCGUGAAAGAGGGUUUAGAGUUCUGUCGGCAUUAGUUGAUUUCGGGUUAGAGUUUUCAUUUCUUAAGUUUAUCCUGAACGAAGAAGUAUUCAUUUGGGUGUGCUCAGAUAGAAAGUAACAGUGCAGAGGCAUUUGUUCGUCGCUGUUGAUAAUUUUAACAACCUGUUUCUUCUUUGAUGAUCUACUUGCAGGCUAGGCAGUCUCUCAUAGUCAGAGGCCUCUUCCCCAUGCUUGCAGAUCCCCGACAUCCUGUAAGCAAUUGUUUUAUGUUCAUUAAAAAUCUAUUAGUUAGGUGUCAUCAAGUAUGCAUUAUGAAUCGUUUUUCAAUUGCCUACUUCACUUGAUUCAUUUAUCCUUCCAUGUUUGAAUUCCCUUUUUUCAAAAAAAGUUUCGGUAAGAAGUUGUAAUUGUGAAUCUGGGCCUAUCAGGGGAAACAAAAAAAUAUUUCACACGUUGCACUAUUUCCCUAUCCCCGCAUUCAAUGUAUUAUGAGCGUGUGAUUGUCAAAUUUAGAUCUUCUUUCUUGCGACGAUGAAUUUCAACAGUGAUUUGAACUUACAAACCAUUUAUUGGUUUUGUAGGCCGAGUCAACAAAUGCAACAAAUGAGUCAAUCUUGAAGGUGGCGCUGGAUCAUGGCAAGACCGCUGGUAUAAUAAAACCGCAUGACCGAGUUGUUGUUUGCCAAAAAGUGGGUGAUGCAUCCGUUGUCAAGAUCAUUGAGCUUGAAGAUUAAAGCUGAGAGUGUUGUGUAUUUUUCCCAUUUUCAAUUUCCGCAUAGGUAGAGAAGGUCCCCUUCUGCAGUAUCUUAGUAUGAAUUUCGAUUGAGUGGAUUCUGAGCAGUUUGUCAUGCAUGGGAGGAGGCAUUUAAUAGAACCAUCUGAUGUAAAACCUAAAAUCUAAGUUUUCAGGGAUCGUAUAGUGUAAGAUGCCGCUCACUUUGAAGUGUGCUUGGCGAUACAUGGCUGUAGAUGAAAUUUGAAACUGACGGAUCAUCCUUGAAUGUGUAGGAGUUGUGCUAAUAAUAAUAAUAAUAAAAAAAAGAGGAAAUAAACAUGGUUCUAUAUUCCAGAUCAAGUACCAACCAAGGAUUCAUCAACCCAUUGGGGUGUCCAUAUUCACUACUACUUGCGCUGUUUCCGAAAUGAUAACGUAGUUAAAAACCGAAGAGGCGUUUAAACUUCGAAUGAAUGAAUGAAUGAAUCUGUCUCCCAAACCAGUGUUUCGCAUUAAAUUUUCUGUGGUUUUUUGUGUGUUUGUGUGUCCUUUGGUGUGUUUUUCUUCAGCAUCAAGGAUGUCGAUGGAUACUGGAAAUGUGAAGGAUGAAACUCGGAAAAAAGAGUCAAUUGGUGAGGAGGACGAAGAAGUGGUGCAAUGCUGGGAAGCCCUUAAAAAAGACAAUCAUUGCAAAUUCCAGACCAGGUACUAUUACAUCUCAUUCAUCCGAUGAGCAAAUAAGGAGUGAGACAGAUAUUAUCAGAAAGCUGUAGAGCG